AUGUCUGAUAACGAACCGAGACUGAUCAUCUUCGCUAAGGCCCGAAAAUGGCUUACUUCGUACGUUACACAGGAUAACUUUAAUAAUGAACAACACCGAAAUAUAAAUCAAAAUUUAAUUAUGUCACCUGCGUCGGCUGGAAUUUCCGGCCCCAUCGUGACAAAUAAUUUUAAUGGAGCAACAGCGGCACAGCCGCCUCCAUUGCCGGCCACGGGCCAUGGCACUUUUUAUGGCAGCUAUAGUGCCGCCUUCACAGCCCCAUCAGAUAUGCCUUAUCCGCCCUCUUCAAUUUCGGCGUCAUCAUCCUUUCAUCAUCAACAUCAACUACAGCAACAACAAUCACAACAGUUGAAUCUACAACAACCAUACCAUCAAACAAGUGGGAGUAGCAUAACAAGUUUUGAUUCAGCAAAUGUAAUUGAUGAACGACACCAACAACGCCACUCACAUCAGCAUCAGCAGCAACAACAGCAACAGCAACAGCUGCAGUUGCAGCACAUAGCACGCCCACUACAUAGAGUGGUGGGCGUAGGUGGAGGUGGCGAGCACAACAGCCUUGGCGAAGUGGCGCAAGGCAGCUCAGCCGAGAGUGCCAAUGUUGGCUUAGAUGAAAUCUACGCGGCGCCCAUGUACUUCGGCACAGAGAACUCAACCGUUGUGACGACGCAAAUCGGUGCGACCGCGCACAUACCCUGCUCCGUGCAUAACAUUGGCGAUGGCGUGGUUUCUUGGAUACGCAAAAAAGAUUAUCAUCUACUGACUGUGGGGUUGACCACCUAUAGCAGCGAUGAGCGGUUUAGCGCCACACAUUUAAAACAUUCAGAGGAUUGGACGCUGCAAAUAAAAUUCGUGCAACUACGUGAUGCUGGCGUCUACGAGUGUCAAGUGUCAACCCAUCCGCCCACAUCGAUAUUUCUGCAUUUGAAUGUUGUCGAAGCACGCGCCGAAAUUACAGGCCCGCCAAUACGAUAUUUGACGCCUGGCUCUACACUGCGCCUGCAAUGUCGUGUUGUACAAAAUACGGAGGCGUCAGAGUUUAUAUUUUGGUAUCAUGACAACCGCAUGAUCAACUACGACAGCGAUCGGGGCAUAAAUGUUUCAACGGAUCCAGAUUUCCAAUCAUCAGAGCUAACAAUUCAACGAACACGGCGUGAGCAUUCGGGAAAUUUCACUUGUGUGGCUAGCAAUACACAACCUGCAAGCGUGUUAGUGCAUAUUUUUAAAGGUGAUAAUCCAGCAGCGAUGUAUCAUGGGCAUGUCGGCGGCUCGACUAAAUCAUAUCAAACGCAUUUGCAUGGCAUUAUAGCCAUAAUAGCUAUGGCCUACCGAAUACUACAGACAUAUAUACAUGUAAACCUGGGAUAAUUACAGAUGAGACAACAACGGCCAUAAUGACGCAUCAAAGUUAAACUGCGCAUACGCAUGUAUGUUUACAUAGUAUGAAAUGUGGGACUGCAAACAAAAAUAAACAAAAUGUAAACACACACAAAAAUUUAUUUGGGUAAGCACGCUAUAUGGCCACGAAACUGGAGCAACUUAUACACACACACUGACAGACACACAAAACUACACCAACACAUAUACAUAUGUACGAGUAGUUAGUUAAGUUGAAUAAUGUAAUGAGGCUUUGAAUAGGCGGCAGCAUAACUAUAUUUUUAAGUACAUAUGUACAUAUAAAUAUGCGUAUAAUUAUAGUAAGUAUAUAGGCGUGUGUUAAUAGUUAAGGGCAAGUGAACGAAUUAGGAUGCAUACAAAAAAUAUAGAAAAAAAACCCGUA